CAGACGUUGCCCCCUGUCCACGUGAAGGGCAUCGUCUCCCCGGGUUGAGAACUGCCAGUCUAGAGGAUGUCGUCCAUGUUGGUUACUUCCUGUUAGAAAUCGUUUCUUUGUGAAGUGGAAUCUUUGCCCAGAAGGAUUCUCUUAGCUAGAGGGGGUCAACUUUUGUGGAAUUUUGCUUUGAGCAGAAUUGUAUACAGAGGUGGCCCAUACAUCUCUGGUACUGAUCUUUAACCAGAAAGGUGACGCAGGAAAGAGGAAUUUAUGGUCAGGCCCUUUCUUCCCCACAUGGGUAGGGACACAGUGGCCGGAAGGAGGUGGAAGGAGGAAAUGGCGACGUGGACAGUUGAUAGAGAGGCACAGUCGCCGCCAAUAAUGCGAAGGCACUGGUACUCUUGCCUCAGCCGUGGCUGUGCCAGCCCCCCCCCAACCACGAGAGGGGACCUCCUGCCCGCUGAGACUCUAGCCUGAUGACUUGUCACACUGCCAAGGAGGUGCUUGUGGUGUCCUCACCUGGUGGCAUCUGGUCACCAAGAGAACUCUGGUAGUUUCUGCCCUUAGCUGCGGAACUUGAAGUCCCAAGACAGGUCUGCUGCUUGGGAAGCCUUCUCCAGGGCAGUGCCAUUUUUAAUGUGUAUCCAGAGGCAGCUUGCCAUCACGUAAGGAAGAUUCUUAGAGUGACUUUUAAAAUCUUCUGGUGAUUGGGGAGAGAGGACUAGCUGAAGGGGGCUGGGAGCGGGCGAGUGCACUGGGGCGCUCUCAGGAGGGGCGGGGUAAAGUAGGGUUCCUGGGUACGGGGCCCUGCCCUGCCGUCCUGCCCGAAAUUGUUCAGCACCCAGAACCUCCUGGGGUGGGGGUGCUUGGUACUGCUCUUGUGGGGUAGCUGAAGAGACCACGAAACACUGUAUACACCCACACACGUAUACACACGUAUACACAGACUCUUAAAUGCACUUGCGUGAGUAUAUAUGUUCAGAGAAGUUCUUUCCUUUUUCUUUUGUACUGGUUUUCACCCCACCCCCCUCCCCAUCUCUUUCCCUGUCGCAUCCCCCCCUCCACUGUCUUCCCUGAAACCCCCGCAGCCUCAGGACCCACGCUGAGAGCCUCCCGUAUUUCCCUCGGUGCCUUACUCACACUCAGACACACUUAGGAUUUGGGGGUCGUUGUUCCACAAAAAUAGAUUCAUAUUCCUUACAUUUUUUCCACGGAACAUGGAAAAUCUAGAUCCUUAAUACCAUCUGAAUUAAUGGGGUAGAAACGUGUUCCAUGUAUUCACCUGUUCUGUUAUGCUUACAGAUGAGCCUUUAAUUUUUCCCCCCCAAACUCAGAACUGGACCAAUUCUGUGAGUGGCCCCGGGGCACGUGCUGAGUAAUCAGUGGAGUCAGGGUUCAAACCCGGGUUCGCCUGACGGCAGAGCACACGGGCCUCAUUGCUCUGCAAGGUGGCUCAGCCAGACACCCUGGCGAUGGUAAACAGAUCCAGGUGCUCUCGGGCCACCUGCAGUGGGUUUACUGCUGCUCCAUCUCGCCCGACUGCAGCAUGCUGUGCUCCGCCGCUGGGGAGAAGUCGGUGUUCCUGUGGAGCAUGCGGUCCUACACGUUAAUCCGGAAGCUAGAGGGCCACCAAAGCAGUGUUGUCUCUUGUGACUUCUCCCCCGACUCCGCCUUGCUUGUCACGGCCUCUUACGACACCAACGUGAUCAUGUGGGACCCCUAUACUGGAGAGAGGCUGAGGUUACUUCACCACACCCAACUUGACCUCCCCAUGGACGACAGUGAUGUGCACAUUAGCUCCCUGAGAUCUGUGUGCUUCUCUCCCGAAGGCUUGUACCUUGCCACGGUGGCAGAUGACAGACUCCUCAGGAUCUGGGCCCUGGAACUGAAAACUCCAAUUGCAUUUGCUCCUAUGACCAAUGGUCUUUGCUGCACAUUUUUUCCACAUGGUGGAGUUAUUGCCACAGGGACAAGGGAUGGCCAUGUCCAGUUCUGGACAGCUCCUCGGGUCCUGUCCUCACUGAAGCACUUAUGCCGGAAAGCCCUUCGAAGUUUCCUGACCACCUACCAAGUGCUAGCACUGCCAAUCCCCAAGAAAAUGAAAGAGUUCCUCACAUACAGGACUUUUUAAGCUACGCGCCAUAGUCUCGUUUGCUUGUAGCAGGAACAGACUUCCUGGCAGAGGAGUAGCUGGGAGCAAUGGGCCAAACAGCUGGUCUUGGAUUGAAAUAGAAUUUCUCUUUGAGACAGUGAACAGAGUGUAGCAAAAGCAGAUGCCGGCGGACUGGUCAUCCAGGUGUUUCUGCGUGACCUGUGGCAGGCAGUCAUAGAGGGGCUCACAGCUCCGUGGCGGCAGAGCCUUACCUGAAAUCCUCAGCCCACUAAGAAACGGCAACGUCGAACACUUUCUAAAGUCCUUCCAAUUCAGAGUGCAGUGACUAAUGUUGAUUUGAUAAGCAGAGUAACCAGGCCUCGAGAGCCUCUCUGCUGGGGCAGGUUAUUCCCUCGACCGGCAAGUGGGCAAGUGUUGGCUUGUGCCUAGUACUUGUCUUUGUCAUGUUUCAGAUGCAGUGGUGACGUUGUUUAAAAAGUUCUCUCCUGCUGUGUCAGAGUGGCUUUGCUGUUGGCAAGUGCUUGCCUUCCACAAGCUCCCCUCUGACCAGCAGGACCGAGUGUUCAUGGAGCCAUCUGCUGGGAGGUCGGAGCUAGAUUACAGGGCACUCAGAGGUGUGCUCCUGACUGAUACACUAGAAACGGCUUUUUUUUUUUUUUUUUUUUUAAUCGGUGUGCAUGUGCCGGAGAUGACAAAUGUGUGUGUCUGGGUACACGGGGAUGUAUUCCUCAACUGCAUGACUGUCCAAACGGCGGCUGACUUGUCAGUGGUUUGCUGUUUGCAGCCUAUUUAUUUGUAUUUUCUCAACAGAUGUUAAGGUACAACUGUGUUUUCCUCCCUGGUAUCUAAAAACUAUAGUUCUUAAGUCGAACAGUUGUGAAGAUGUCUCUUCUUCGUUGUUUAGGGAAUUGGUGUUGUCUCCGCUUUGGCUGAUUGUCAUAUACAAGGUCUGACUUCGCUGCUUUGCCUCAUCGGACGAACCAGCCCAGUUCACCUCUACCCCUUACCAAAACUAGCUCCUUGAAAGUACUGUUCUCCUUCAGUGGCGUGUAGUUCUCUGAUCAAGACACCUCAUUCCAAUGAAAUCUGCCUUUGGAAAAUUUAAUAUAUUUUAAAUUAUUUUAAAAGAAAUGCAACAUCUUAUCCUUUGGCUUUCUUACUAGGUGCUUUGUGGAGGCCAGUGUUAACGUGAUAAAACUUGUUGCAAAAGUACAAGAGUCUCCUCUACCACCUUUGUUGCUGAAGAAAAACAUUUCUUUUCAAGAUGAGAGGCUUUCAUUGAAGGAAAAGUUAAAAA